AACACAUAUUAAAUCCAGCUUUCUCAGUCAUCUUGAAGAGUGAAAAAGGAAGGUAUUUGUCUUGGGUGGCAAUUAUAAAAACCAAAACCAAAACCAUCUAAAGUUAUAUUUACUGAUUUAGCAGCAAGGAAGGACCUUUAUUCGGUGGAGAGUGACUUGAAGCAAGACCUAUGUCAUGUUAGCCAAUUCUAUAUAUAAACAAGAUAUUCAUAAGUUAAACAUUCAUAUUCUGAAGACUUCUUUAAUUUUUGGAUUAUUUCAUUAUGCAGAUGCAGAUUUUACAACCCAAGCCGCCACAGAAGGACCUACAGACUGGAGUGAGGAAAAUGUGACUGUUUUGUCAUAUCCAGAGUUAAUUUCUAUGGAGGCAACCCUGUUGUUAAUAGAAACAUCUGAUGAAGUGGUGGAAAAAAAUGUGACAAUAGGAAAUCCUGCUAGCAUAGAACUAAGAUGUAACUUCAGUACUAGCAGGUCUCCACAAUUUGUGUAUGUAUUUUGGAAAAAAGGUAAUGAUCGGAUCAAUAGAACAAGUAGCGUCAGAGUAUUUGAAAAUAUUGUGCAAGCUUAUAUCAGGUUGAUUGUCACUGAUAAGGUGCAUAUGGAUAGCUACUCUUGUAUUUUUGAAGGGAUAAAGGAUCGAAAGGGCAUAUUUCACUUUAAAGUUCCUGAAAUUUAUACGAAAGAAAAGCCAUUGGUGAAUUAUGAACGGGACUCUGUUGUCUUGAACUGUAACAGUGAAAAAUUUGUCCCUUUGCAAUGGGUCUGGUAUGCUAGUAAUGGAAGUGAAAAGGUUCCCAUUGAUCUUACAAUGAAAAACAAGUAUGAAAUUCUACCAUCCAAAUAUAAUGAAACAAAACUAAAGAUAAAGCAUCUCCAAACAACAGACAGUGGACCAUACUGGUGUCGUGCAAUAUUCCUCCUAGGAGAGAGUGAAGGAAAACAGAACCUCAGAGUGCUAACCUACCUAGUGCCACUCAAACCAUUUCUUGCAGUAACUGCUGAAGUUAUAAUUUUAGUAACUGGUAUUUUUCUCUAUGAAAUGUACACCAAAAGGAGACAGCUACCCUCAGAAAGUGGAAAUGAUUUUGAACAAGGUGAACAACUAAAGUCAGAAGAUCACAAUGGAGUACAGAAGAAUAAGCAAAGAACCAGGUACAGAAAGAGUGAAGUCAGUGUGAAUUAAUGCUCCAAUUAAAGGGAGUUCAAGCCAAGAAAAGAAAAACCAUUUGAUAAUGAAGAAUCCUGGAAAGCUGUGUUCAUAGUUGCACAUUUCAAGAUUAUUUGUGCUUUCUCUUAAGGGUAUAUGGCUUUUCUUGUUGCUUUAAAGAAUGAAAUACCUUGCAACAAAAACAUGACAUCAUUCUUGUGCUUGAGAAAUUACUUCAUAAAUGCUGUAUACUUAUUCCAGGGUUGCAGGUAUAAUAUUUUCAUGCUGUGAUUAUUUCACAAUAUUAGUGAAAACGAAAGUAUUGUUACUAUUUGAAUAUGCAGAUGCUAACAUUUUCUUUUCUGUAAAAUGAUGCUCAUCAGAGUUUUCCCUAGUGUUAUGAAAAUAUUAUCUUUACAUUAGUUUUUAACGAACACUCAAAACAUAUACCAGCAAAAAUCCUUAAUAGAUUACUUGUGCAUUAAAAAAAAAAGAACCACCACAACCAAAGAUAUCAUUAAA